UUAGAUGUUAUCGUGCCGGUCACCAAGGAGGAGCUUACUAUGGAUGAUAUCGUGCCGGUCAAGACCAACAAGGUCGUGAAGCCCAGGCCUUUGCAGGCUGCAAGCAUUCCAGGACUCCUUGGGAUUUUUCAGAACGAGUGGGAUGCUCUCAUGCUUUCUAAUUUUGCUUUGGAGCAGCAGCUACACACAGCAAGACAAGAACUUAGUCAUGCGCUCUACCAGUUGAUAAUAGUUUUACAUGAACUAUUGGCGUUGGCUAUCUAAAAGGACAGAAAGGCAGACAUGAGCAACAGAUCCCGCUCCAUGGGCUGAAACUGGGAUUCGUGAUGGUCAGCUAAGCAUACCUUCGCCUUCAAAUUUGCGUAGCUUCUUUUUUAUUCUGCAAGUUGUUUGGUCUGCCGUUCAAAUGCCUUAUUAUUCUGCGAGCUG